GGAGGCAGCGAGGGUGCCUCAGAAAAGAAAAUAAAAUACGUCAGCAGAGCUGAAUUAGAAAGAAUUCGUGAAGAAGAAUACAAACGUAAAGAAAAGGAAAGAGAAGAGAAAGAACGACAGUUUUUACACUUACCUUUAAUUGUAGAGAAAAGCACGAUUACGAGAAGAAGAGUUGAAACGCAAAGAAGAAGAAAAGAAGAAUGCACAAAAAGAAGUUGAAGUAGCGGAGGAACAGACAGAAGAGGAAAGCGAGACAUUCAAUAUCUCGAGAGAAGAAGUUAUUCGUCGUUUAAGAGCAAUGGGUCAACCGAUCAGGUUAUUCGCCGAAACUGAUAAACAAUGUAAACUUCGUUUACGUGCAUUGGAGCUAAUGAACGAAGAAUCAGGGGAUCAGGGUCGAAAUGAGUAUAUGCGAACCAUGGAAGAAAUGGAAGCAAAUAUGCGAUUGGAAGAAUUAAAACAGAAGGGUGGAGUCGUGCACGAUGACAAGAAAAAGCUGAAGAAAUCAACAAUCACAGUCGAACCUAUACAAUUGGAAUUGAUAUCAACGGAUAUUGAUAAGUUAUAUUAUCAAAUUUGGGCCUACUUCACUAGUAUGCUAGAAGAGUGGGAGGAAUGGAUGCAAGCACGUCCCGAGGAGGAAAAGAGAUCAGCGCCUGGUAAAAGAGCCGCCGUCCUACAAAAACAAGCCGCAGAAUACAUCAAACCUUUAAUGCGACAGCUGAAGAAGAAGACAUUGGAACCCGAUGUUCUAAACAGAGUAGCUGAAAUUGCCGAACGUAUGCAGAAUCGUUUAUACAGAGAUGCGCAAGAUGCCUACCUUCAAUUGUCUAUUGGUAACGCCCCAUGGCCAAUUGGUGUUACCAUGGUUGGUAUUCACGAACGUUCCGCAAGAGAAAAAAUUUCUUCUUCACAAGUUGCUCAUGUGCUAAACGACGAAACGUCAAGAAAAUGGAUUCAAUCUGUGAAGCGUCUAAUGACAUUUGCGCAAACGAAGUAUCCUCCUUAUACACUGAGCCAAAUUUCAUAAAAGCAUAAAUAUACAUAUCACUUAUUUAUUCUGUGUUCAUAAAUGUUGGCAUUCCUCUAUUCUACCUUUUCUUUUGGCGUAAGAUUCUGUAAUUCUUCAGCGGCCUGUCUGAAAGCGAUAGCUCAUUGCCGUCAUUGUUGCUUUUGGGGUCACGUCGGGAAGGAGGGAAGCGGCGGAUAUUUGGUGAAGUUUUGUUAACU